AUGGAAGAAAUGGAAAGCACAGGGAUAAAGAUAGCCAGGUUUUCAAGUUGUCGUGGGGUAGCAUUUGAAAUCAAUCCCAACAAAAGCAACCCCUUUGCAAUUGGAUCACCAACAAAGCAGGAACGAAUUGGAGCUUGGCUUUGGCUUCCAUGGACUCGAACGAAUUCAUUCAAAGUUCUUCCUCAGCCUCAAACAAUUAGUCCAACUCGGAGCAGAACCAGCAGCCACUUCUGUGACAUUGACAUAGAUGCUAGUGAUGUUGAGGUAGAGUUCAUAGCUGAAGUUCAAGAUGUAGAAAAAGCAGAUAAAGCUAAUGGGGUCAAGGUGCAAAAGCUAUUUCAGAAAACUGAUGCACCAAGGAGGUCAAGGCUGUCCAUAAUUCUGAUUGAUCAAGGGCUCACAUUCUACAAAGGGCUUUUUGUGGUUUGCAUGGCCUUGAAUAUAGUGGCAUUGGCUCUCUCUGCUGUAGGGAAUUUCCCUUAUGCCAAGAAAAGAGCUACGUUGUUCUCUAUUGGGAACAUUCUAGCUCUAACACUAUGUAGAAGUGAGGCUUUUUUGAGAGUUAUUUUUUGGUUGGCUGUGAAGACUCUUGGGAGGCCUUGUGUUUCUCUUGGAAUCAAAACUGCCACAACUUCAUUCCUUCAAAGCGUUGGAGGAAUCCAUAGUGGUUGUGGUGUUUCUUCUAUAGCCUGGCUUGUUUAUUCAUCAGUUCUUACUUUGAGAAACAAAGACAAAACCUCCCCAGAGAUAAUUGUAGUUGCAUUUACCAUCCUCUCACUCCUUCUACUCUCUUCCCUUGUCUGGCUAUUCAUUCUUCUCUCCCUAAGCUAUGAACCUAACUCACACACCUAUGACUUCACCAUGUCUAAGGUGGUCAAGAAGCAAGAGUGGUGGUUCACUUUAGCCAUCACAAUUAUCAUUAUCAUUCCUUGGCUAAGUGUUAGAAAGGUGAAAGUUAGUGUAUCAGCUCCAUCAAACCACGCAUCAAUCAUCAAGUUUGAAGGUGGUGUUCAAGCAGGAUUACUAGGUAGAAUUAGUCCUUCACCCUUGUCUGAAUGGCAUGCCUUUGGGAUCAUAUCUGAUGGGAAGAAAGAGCACAUGAUGCUUGCUGGUGCAGUUGGUGACUACACCAAGUCCUUGAUUAGUACCCCACCAAAGCAUCUUUGGGUUCGGACCAUGCACUUUGCAGGCUUGCCUUACCUAGUGAACUUGUACCAAAGGGUGUUGUUGGUUGCCACAGGGUCAGGGAUUUGUGUGUUCUUGUCAUUUCUUUUGCAGCCUAGUAAGGCUGACGUGUGCUUAGUUUGGGUAGCAAAGGAUAUUGAAUUGAACUUUGGAAAGGAGAUUAGAGAAUUGGUGAACAAAUAUCCAAAAGAGAAAGUGAUAGUGCAUGACACAGCAAUUUGUGGUCGUCCCAAUGUGGCUGAGAUGAGUGUGAAUGCUGCCAUUAGGUGGAAUGUUGAAGUGGUUAUUGUCACUAGCAACCCUGAAGGUAGUAGAGAUGUCCUUAGAGCAUGCAAGAGGGCUAAUAUCCCUGCCUUUGGCCCCAUUUGGGACUCUUGAAAGGCUCAAAAAUAUGUUCAAAGGCAAGUAUUCAUUGCUUCUCUGUUUGAAUUGAACAGGGUAUCAACUAAUAAUUAUUCUUGUUUAUUGACAUUAACUUGUAAA